AUGUGGCUGCUCUUUGGUUUUCUGAUUAGCGUGUGCGGGGCCGAUGAAAUUCUGGAUCGUAGCGAUGGGCCGCAUCAUGUGAGUAAAAUCGUUCGUGGAGACAGGAAGUCGAUCAUCAACUUUCCGUAUAUGGCUUCGGUAGGAGCGUUCAACUCGACGUCCCAAGUUGUUACCGCCCACUGGUGCGGUGCUUCGAUCAUCGACCAUGAAUGGCUCCUGACCGCUGCCCAUUGUUUCCGAAAUCUCAGACAGGCUGACUGGCAACAAAGAGGCGCGCUUGUCGGAUCCGACUAUGUCAAAGGAAUCCCCGACGCCGGAGCGCAAAUGCUCCCUAUCGCGAAUGGUUAUGUGCACGAAGAUCAUAACAAUGACAUCUGUCUCAUCAAGGGAUGGGGAGACACUGGCCAAGAUUCUGGACCGCAUAAACCGUUGAUGGGUUUUGUGAUGCGUUCAAUUCCAAAAAGAGAAAUGCGUGUUUCCAAGGGGUCUCUGUUUUAUCGAUGUCCGAAACGAUGCCACCACGUGUUAUGG